CUGCUGCUUUUGCUCCAAAUUAAUGUGUGCGGACAUCUCCAUAAUCACACGGACGUACCAUGACGAGAUGAGAUAUAUCUGCCAUGCCAUCGACCCGCACUCUCAAGAUCUCAGCGCCAUGGAUUCUGCUCAUGACGACGGCUUUGCGCUGGAGAUGGCGGAGCUGCCGCUGGAGACGCGGUGCCCGCCGUUCGCGCUGCGCCAGUACUCCGGCUUCUGGCUGCCGGAGGCGGUGCUGGCGCGCGGUCUCCCGGCGGCGCGCGACCGGUUCGCGCCGAGGCCGGACGACGUGCUCCUCGCCAGCUUCCCCAAGUCCGGCACCACGUGGCUCAAGGCGCUCGCCUACGCCACCGUGCACCGCGCCGCGCACCCACCGUCCGCUGACGACCACCCGCUCGGCCGCCGCAGCCCGCACGACUGCGUCCCGUUCCUCGAGAUCAGCCUCGCGCGCGCCGACGACGUGGGCGCCGCGGCGGCCGAGCUCGAGGCGCUCCCUUCCCCGCGCGUGCUCGCCACGCACCUGCCCUUCUCCCUCCUCCCCGAGCGCAUCCGGAGCCGGAGCCGGAUCGUGUACGUCUGCCGGAACCCCAAGGACGCGCUUGUCUCCUCCUGGCUCUUCACCAGGAAGGCGUCGGAGGCCGUGGGCGUCGACGCCGAGUCCUUCCCGCUCCAGGAUGCCGUGGAGCUCUACUGCGCGGGGCGCUGCUUCGGCGGCCCACAGUGGCGGCACGUGGUCGAGUACUGGGAGGCCAGCCUCAACGGCCGGAACGAGCACCCGGACAGGGUCCUGUUCCUCAGGUACGAGGAGAUGCUCCGCGACCCCGUGGGGAGCCUGAGGACGAUGGCAGAGUUCAUGGGGUGCGCCUUCUCGCCGGGGGAGGAGGAGCGAGGCGUGCCGCAGGCCAUCGUGGAGCUGUGCAGCCUGGAGAAGCUCAAGAACGUGGAGGCGAGUCGGGGCGGCGGAAGGACGGUAGAUGGCAUCAAGGCCGACGCCUACUUCAGGAAGGGGGUGGCCGGGGAUUGGAGCAGCCACAUGACGCCGGAGAUGGGGAAGAUGGUGGACGAGGCUGUGGAGGACGGGCUCCGGGGGUCUGGUUUUAGCUUCGCCGACACAAACUUUGCCCAAAUGAAAACGGCAAGGUCUUAGAGGCCAACAAACGCCGUAGUCCAGCACCGGCUCUUUGGCGACCCUUUUUUCAAUAAAACACCGUUGUGUACUUCUAUAUAUAGGGGUUGACUAUUCGUCAUUCUGUGUAAGAAAUAGUUUCUUUUCA